AUGAGCAAGGAAGCUCCAGCGUGAGACUGUAGACUGCAGUAUACAUAUAUAUACAAGCCCGCAGCCCCGGACUCCCCCGGUCACUUUCUCCAUUCGACGUGGUCAGUUUCAUUUUCAUAGCCCUUGGAGUAUUGUGUAAUACUGGUAAUUUUUGCUCGAAAAAGGAUGGCUGGAAAAGGUGGAGCUACUCCGGCGACCUACUCUCCAUCGCUGACGACGGUCAAGGGCAAGAAAAAGCCCCCCAUUUUCGCUGAUGAUGCCAAUUGGGUUCGCUCUGAUGGCCGUCACUUCCACCAGUGCAGGCCUGCAUUUCUACGGACAAAUGCAGUCAAUUCUGCCUCGGGAUCUGCUUAUGCGGAGUUUGGAAACACCAAGGUCAUAGUGUCAGUAUUUGGGCCAAGGGAGAGUAAGAAAGCAAUGAUGUACAGCGAUGUAGGUCGGUUGAAUUGUAAUGUCAGCUACACAACUUUUGCUACUGUCCACCGCAACCAGGGAUCUGAUAGCAAAGAAUUAUCAUCAAUGCUGUAUAAAGCUCUGGAGGGUGCUAUAAUAUUGGAAUCUUUUCCUAAGACAACUGUAGAUGUUUUUGCUUUGGUUUUGGAAUCUGGUGGCAGUGAUCUUCCUGUGAUUAUCUCAUGUGCCAGUCUUGCUCUAGCGGAUGCCGGGAUCUUGUUGUAUGACUUGGUUGCCGCUGUUUCUGUGUCCUGCCUUGGAAAAAACCUUGUCAUUGAUCCUAGUUUAGAAGAAGAAAGCCCCCAAGAUGGGAGCUUUAUGAUUAGUUGCAUGCCUUCACGUAAUGAGAUCACUCAACUUACUCUUACGGGAGAAUGGUCAACCCCAAAGAUUAGUGAGGCAAUGGAGCUAUGCCUUGAUGCCUGUUCAAAGCUUGCAAAGAUCAUGCGGUCAAGUUUGAGAGAACCUCUAUCUGCUUCUGAGGAAUAAGGAGAAUUAGUACUUUCGCUUAGUACAUAUAUAAAUACAUUUUCCAAUUUCUUCUAGAUUUCUUUUUUGUUGGGCCAACAAUUUUGUGGCUUGCUUGAAAGUUCAUAACAAGUGGUUGGCCUGAAAUUUUGAGCAGUUCUUUGGUGCUAAUUCUGACGAUUGCUCCUCUUAUAUAUUUUCUUGCUUCAUUUAAUCAGAAAUAUCUAUAUUGAGUCUUCUUUUGAGUAUGUGUAGGAUGAAUUUGAGAGCUCACCAUUUGAAUCCAGUAUAACUGAGGCAGUGUAAAGACAUUCUUGGUCUUC